AUGAAGGUGAAAAUGAUAUCUCGGAAUCCUGACGAUUAUCAAAGGGAAACGAACAAAGACAUUUACAAAAUUGUUCGUAAUUGGAAUGCUCCUCAAGAUCCAUUUCGUGCUCAAACUGAGUAUACUCUUGUUCGUAAUUGGAAUGCUCCUCAAGAUCCGUUUCGUGCUCAAACUGAGUAUACUCGUGCGCUCAAUGCCACCAAGUUGGAGAGAGUUUUUGCGAAGCCUUUCGUGGCUAGUCUUGAUGGUCACAUGGAAGGUGUUCAUAUACUUGUCAAGCAUCCAGAUCGACCAUCCAUUAUAUUGUCUGGAGCUCGUGAUGGCCAAGUUAAAGUUUGGGCAUUGGCUAGACGGCAUUGUUUAGCUACUUUCCAGACGCACAACGGUCCAGUUAAUGGAACCUCAGAAUCUGUUUUUGAUGUCUUCUUGUCUAUCCAAACUAGGACUUAUGGUGUCGCUCUUGCUGUCUCUCAUAUCGCUAACUCAUCCGAGUUUGUCACUUGUGGUGACGGAGUCACUGUUUGGGGUGCACAAGGAAGUAAAAAAAUACGAGAAUACGAUGUUGGACAUGACACCGUUCACACCGUUCGUGCAAAUCCAAUUGAAGAAGCCGUCUUGGUUGGCGCAUGUAGUGAUCGUUCAAUAUUUGUAAUUGACACGCGACAAGCAGUCCCGCUAACAAAGGUUACUAUGAAACUACGUCCUAACCAAAUUGCGUGGAAUCCAAUAGAGCCGUACACUUUUUCCGUGGCUAAUGAUGAUUACAAGUAAGU